UUGAGGGGGAGUGUUCAAAGGUGGAGCAGAAGUCUGAGCUUGUAGGACAGGACACAAGGAUUGAACAGAAGUGGAUGUUUGAUGGUUUCACUAUGGAUUGGAUUUGAUCACGACAAAAAUCCACAAGGACUUAAGUAGAUGUGAGUGACUGCAAGAGGACUCUUAAGUGAAGGUUGCGAUAAACAGUCGCACUCCAUGAGAACUUUGCCAGGAGUUUAUCUGCACUGAUACCAGAUUCAAGAGGACUUGUUUCCAGUGCUGCAGAGAUAUCUCGUUGUUGGUGGGCCUCAGAGUGGAAACCAGCACCAUGGCUGGGGUCACUAGGAAGGGAUCUGGAAGACCCUCAUACUACUACAGAUUCCUGGGCAAGUCCCGACUGCAGCGUCAGCGAAGCCGGUCUCGCAGCCGCACCAGGCCGUCUGUUAGCAGGGAGUCUCCUCCAGAGAGGACAGGACGCCGACGCAGCAUGCCAGGCAGCUCCUCAGACAAGACCACACCCACCAUGGAGGCUACGUCCACUGCUGCCACACCUUUCAGAGUCACCGUGAGUACUGGCUUUCUAAGUCGACGGCUGAAGGGCUCGAUAAAACGCACCAAGAGUCAACCCAAACUUGACCGCAACUCCAGCUUUAGACACAUCCUUCCUGGCUUCAGGAGCGUUGACAAUGACAGAUCUCAUCUGAUGCCAAGGCUGAAGGAGUCUCGCUCCCAUGAGUCAUUGCUCAGCCCCAGUAGCGCUGUGGAAGCCCUGGACCUAAGUAUGGAGGACGAGGUUGUCAUCAAGCCUGUUCACAGCAGCAUCCUCGGGCAGGACUACUGCUUUGAGGUCACCACCUCCACAGGAAGCAAAUGUUUUUCCUGUCGUUCAUCAGCCGAGAGAGACAAAUGGAUGGAGAAUCUGAGGAGAGCAGUACAACCCAACAAGGACAACAGUCGUCGGGUGGAAAACCUGCUGAAGCUGUGGAUCAUCGAGGCAAAGGACUUGCCGGCCAAAAAGAAAUACUUCUGCGAGCUUUGUCUGGAUGACUCACUCUACGCCCGCACCACCUGUAAACUCAAGACUGACAAUGUCUUCUGGGGAGAGCACUUUGAGUUCAAUAACCUGCCUCCUGUCAAGAGCAUCACGGCCCACCUCUACAAAGACACGGACAAGAAGAAAAAGAAAGAUAAAAACAAUUACAUUGGACUUGUCAAUAUCCCCGUCGCAGCUGUUACCGGACGACAGUUUGUUGAGAAGUGGUAUCCAGUCAGUACACCCAACCCCCCCAAGGGCAAGACAUCUGGGCCUAUGAUUAGGAUCAAAGCACGCUAUCAGAGUAUGAACAUCCUUCCUAUGGAGAUGUACAAGGAGUUUGCAGAGUACACCACCAAUAACUACAUGCUGCUAUGCUCGGUGCUUGAGCCCGGGAUUAGCGUCAAGAACAAGGAGGAGAUGGCGUGUGCACUGGUCCACAUUCUACAGAGCACUGGCAAGGCCAAGGACUUCCUCACAGACCUAAUGAUGUCCGAGGUGGAUCGCUGCGGGGAGAAUGAGCACCUCAUCUUUAGAGAGAACACACUAGCGACAAAGGCCAUAGAGGAAUACCUCAAACUGGUGGGACAGAAGUACCUGCAGGACGCCCUCGGCGAGUUCAUCAAGGCUCUGUAUGAGUCAGAUGAGAACUGUGAGGUGGAUCCGUCCAAGUGUUCGUCAGGUGACCUGCCAGAACACCAGAGUAACCUGAAGAUGUGCUGCGAGCUGGCUUUCUGCAAAAUCAUCAACUCAUACUGCGUCUUUCCACGAGAACUAAAGGAGGUUUUUGCGUCAUGGCGGCAGGAAUGCAGCAACCGGGGUCGACUAGACAUCAGCGAGCGUUUGAUCAGCGCGUCCUUGUUCCUGCGGUUUCUCUGUCCAGCCAUCAUGUCACCCUCACUUUUCAAUUUGAUGCAGGAGUAUCCCGAUGACCGCACAGCACGUACGCUCACACUCAUCGCUAAAGUCACCCAGAACCUGGCAAACUUCACCAAAUUUGGUAACAAGGAAGAGUACAUGUCCUUCAUGAACCAGUUCCUGGAGCACGAGUGGACCAAUAUGCAGCGCUUCCUGCUCGAAAUCUCGAACCCAGAGACAAUCUCUAACACAGCAGGCUUUGAGGGGUACAUUGACCUUGGCAGAGAACUCUCCACCCUGCACUCUCUCCUCUCUGAGGUGGUGUCCCAGAUGGACCAGGGCGCUGCCUCCAAGCUGGGUCCUCUGCCUAGGAUCUUGCGGGAAGUGAACACGGCUCUAUCUAACCCAUCCAGUGUCCAGAUGACAACUGGACAGUCCACAGAGCAUAUGGGUUCGCCCCCCGCUGAAGCCAGUUGCAGCAUCUCCACCGGCCUGCAAAAGAUGGUCAUAGACAAUGACCUUUCAGGAUUAGUUGACUUCACCAGGUUACCCUCCCCUACCCCAGAAAAUAAGGACCUAUUCUUUGUGACACGGAGCUCAGGGAUCCAGCCUUCCCCAGCACGCAGUUCGAGCUACUCUGAAACCAAUGAACCUGACCUGGGCAUGUCCAAUGGCAGCAAGAGUCUGUCCAUGGUGGACCUCCAGGACCCCCGCAGUCUGGAAGGUGGCCCAGGUCCCAGCUCGGCAGAUGCCCUGGGUGAAGGCCCAGCCUCUGGCGGAGGUUGGUCGGGCAGAGUCCCACAAGGCAACAUCCCUGGAGGUCCCACCCUGAGGAGGCCAGGUCAGACCCCCACCGCCCUGGGCACAGAAAGUACCCCAGGCCGACCCGCCCAGCUACUAGCCCCCCUGUCCUUUCAGAACCCAGUCUACCAGAUGGCAGCCUGCCUGCCCGUGUCCCCUCGCGGAAUGACCGACUCGGGCUCAGAGUGCCACAGUUCUGUUAGUUCCCAUAGCAACAAUGAGGACGGACCAGCAGGAGGGAAGCAUACCUUCUUGAACCACGGAGGAGGAGGAGGAGGUGGUGGAGGAGGAGGAGGGGGGAGCAGUGGGGACGAGUACACCAGGCGUUCAGGGGAGUUCAACCGCCGACAGCUGUCCCUCACAGAAACACAGCACCAGCCCACCGUCCCCAGACAGAACAGUGCCGGCCCUCAGCGGAGGAUAGACCAGCCUCCGCCUCAGAGUAUUACUCGGGGCCGCACACCCCCGAAUCUGCUCAGUGGACCUUACCCACGACCCUCCUCUGGCAACAUGAUGACAUCAUCACCCGACUGGCCUGGCAGCGGUGCUCGAUUACGACAGCAGUCCUCUUCCUCCAAAGGCGACAGUCCUGAGACUAAGCAGAGGGCUCAGCACAAACAGUACCAGCAGGAGAUCGCGGUGCUGCAAGAGAAGCUGCGGGCGUCUGUGCAGAAGCUGGAGGAGUACGAGGCCCGUCUGAAGGGUCAGGACGAACAAGCCCAGAAGGUGCUGAUGGAGUACCAGGCCAGGCUGGAGGAGUCGGAGGAGCGCCUGCGCAGACAGCAGGACGACAAGGACCUCCAGAUGAAGGGCAUCAUCAGCAGGUUAAUGUCGGUGGAAGAGGAGCUAAAGAAGGAUCACUCAGACAUGCAGGCAGUGGUAGACUCCAAACAGAAGAUCAUCGAUGCACAGGAGAAGCGCAUAGCAUCGUUGGAUGCUGCCAACGCCCGUCUGAUGAGCGCUCUGACCCAGCUGAAGGAGCGCUACAGCAUGCAGACCCGCAACGGCAUCUCCCCCACCAACCCCACCAAACUGCAGAUUACUGAAAACGGAGAGUUUAGGAACAGCAGCAAUUGCUAGACAGACUGGUACCUGCCCAGAGUGAGUGUCGAGUGCCUGGUGUGUACAGAUAUUCAACGAGAGGACGUCUACACGCAUGCAUGGAUGCAUGCCUGUUCGAAAGACUGCGAGGAUGAGCGCGUGUUUUUAAAAGCAGACAUACUACUUCUUGGAAGACAUCUCCACUUUUUAGUCAUCACUCCGAGGGGG